CACCAUUGUGGCUAGUGGGGGGGUAGCAGUUUGACUUUUCACGCGAUCAACCCACCUGAACAUCAGAAUCUCAGCCAUCUUAAAAAAAAAAAUCACGCCGAUUGACGGCGUGACAACACACCUGGUCCUGGCUCGAUCCCUGAAGAUGAAAUGAGGAUCUCGGGAUGAAAUGGCGGAGGAGACAUCAAUGAUUCAUUAUACAUUCUACGAAUCGUAACCGAAUCAAGCAAGGCUGGGAAAUACCAUUACAAACCCGUCGCUUUCAGGUCGGUCCAUCCGGGUGUGGCUUGGUGGUUGACUGGUAGGUAAACAAUCAGAUUGUCACGAUGCGCUUCACCAGCUCGUUGAGAGGCGGCCUCGUCGCACUGCUCGCCCUCGGCCAACCGGCUUGCAUCUGGAGCAAGACGAUCGCCCAUGACUUUCAUUUGAGCUGGAUCACAACCAACCCAGACGGCGCUUAUGCAAAGCCCACAAUCGGCAUCAACAACCAAUGGCCACCGCCACUCAUCAGCGCCACCGUCGGCGAUGAAGUCGUCGUGAACCUGCACAACGGCCUCGGAAACACAACCACCAGCCUGCAUUUCCACGGGCUCUUCCAGAAUGGUACCAACCACAUGGACGGCGCCGUCGGCGUCACCCAGUGCCCCGUACCGCCGGGCCACACCUUUACCUACCGCUUCAAGGUAGACCAGCCGGGCACGUACUGGUACCAUGCCCACAACAACGGGCAGUAUCCCGACGGCCUGAGGGGUCCCGUCGUUGUCCACGACCCGGCCGGGCCUCACGAGGGAAAGUACGACGACGACAUCGUCUUGACCCUCUCGGAUUGGUACCACCGUCCCAUGAAGGAGCUGAUCGCCGGGUUCCUAAACUACAAGAACCCCUCGGGCGCGGAGCCGGUGCCACAGGCGGCGCUGAUGAACGACACGCAGGACCUGCGCGUCAAGGUCGAGCCGGAAAAGACGUACCUGGUCAGGAUGGUCAACGUCGGCGCGUUCGCGUCGCACUUUGUCAGGUUCGAGGGCCACCAGGUCCGUGUGGUCGAGGCGGACGGCGUGUGGAUGGAAGAGUCGGCACCGGUGGAUGUGCUUUACCUUGCUGCCGCGCAGAGAUAUAGCGUUCUCCUCAAGGCGAAAUCGGAUGCGACGCAGAACUUUGCGAUUGUUUCCACGAUGGACGAAGAGCUCUUUGACGAUGCUCCCGAGGACCUGAACCCGUCUGUCACCGGUUGGCUGGUGUACAAUGAGGAGAAACCUCUGCCGGAGCCGGACAAAUUGGCACCUGAUAGCGGGAUUUUGCUCGACGACAUGAACCUUGUGCCUGCUGACAAGUUCAGGCUGUUGGAUGCAGUGAGCCAAUCGAUUGAGUUCAACAUUCACAUGAAGAUUCUCGGGAAUGGAGUAAACUACGCCUUCUUCAACAACAUCACUUACGUCGGCCCCAAGGUCCCAACCCUCUACACGGCACUCACGGUCGGCGGCGCCACCGCCGCCACGAACCCCAUAGUCUACGGCAGCCACACCAACACCCACGUGCUGCGCCACAACGACGUCGUCGAGCUGGUCGUCAACAAUUUCGACGACGGCGACCACCCUUUCCACCUGCACGGGCACAACUUCCAGGUCAUCACCCGCUCCGACGCCGACGCGGGGCCCUUCGUCCCGUCAAACAGGCCGCGCCUGCAGAGGGACAUCCCCUUGCGCCGCGACACGGUCCUCAUCCGCGGCAACGGCCACGCCGUGCUCCGCUUCGUGGCCGACAACCCGGGUGCCUGGCUCUUCCACUGCCACAUCGAAUGGCACAUGGAGCAGGGGCUCGUCGCGACGCUGGUGUCGGCCCCGGAACAGCUCCUCGCAUCCGGCGCCAAGCACCCGCAAUUGCCCCGGUCGCACCUCGAGUCGUGCAAGCUGUCCGGCAUGGCGGCCGCAGGAAACGCCGCGGGCAAUGCGGACGACGUGCUGGACCUGACUGGCGAGAACAGGCCGCCGCCGCCACUGCCGAAAGGAUUCACGACCAAGGGGUACGUGGCUCUGGUGUGCAGCGGCGUGGCGGCCGUGAUGGGCAUGGCGAGCAUAUGGUACUAUGGAAACAUUCCGGAUAUGCAAAAGGGGUAUGAGGCUAUAUAGUGAUGAGAAUUUCUUUUUUUAGUUUCACAAUCUAGUAUCACACGUUGGUUUGUUCUACAUGUUCUGCACAUAUGCGAUGUUAUGAAGAAUAGAGCUCAGCCUGGCUGAGACCUUCAUUCGGAGCUAUUUGUACCUAAAAGGUGUGCUAUAUGUACAAGAUGAUGUUAUGAAAUGAUGCAAUGCGAGAAAGGAAAAAGACGAAAUUGGGUAUUCAACGAUAGUCAUGAAAAUAGGAAACAUGAGCGAAAAUACCAAGGAAAACAAAUGAGGAGGAAAUGAGGAGGAAAUGGUAAAAUGUGGAGCUCGUUCGACUAGGGUGGAUGGCGUUAAGGUUUGUGGAAAAAAGCUCAGCGUAGCGAGGGUAGGACGUAAUUGUCAGAAAUGAGGUGGGACAAUAAGAUUUAGUGCCCAGCAACAAAUAGAGAAGUGGACGCUCUGGGGCGAAUGAGUGAGAACCUUCCGCGAGAGGGUAAUGCCACAGGGUAUGCCCUGACAGAUAAGGAAAUGAGAAAUGAACACAUCCGAAGAAGUGAAAUGAAACAAAACAAGGACUGAUAGGAAA